AUGCAGACAGAGAGAAAAGCAGACUGCUCUCCUACCAGGACAGGCGUGAGCGUAAGAAUGAAGGAUCUUUCACUUUGGCUUUUAACAUGUGCAGCUGUUUCUAAUGCUCUUCCCAGCCACCCAGAGAAAGAUGAAGAAGAUGCAAAGCUUGUACAGGAGUAUUUUAAUAAAUUCUAUGCUGUUGAGCCAGAUCCAAAUCUACUUGGAUGGAAAAUAAAUGCUGAAUCCACAGCUGAAAAACUUCAGAAAAUGCAACAAUUUUUUGGUUUGAAAGUGACUGGAAAACCAGAUAACGAGACAUUGGAAAUUAUGAAGAAACCCAGGUGUGGAGUUCCUGAUGUGGGUCUCUAUGGUGUUACUCUGCCAGGAUGGAAAAAAAACAAACUGACAUACAGAAUUGUGAACUACACACCAGAUAUGAGCAAAGAGGAUGUGGAUAAAGCAAUCCAGAAGGCAUUUAAAGUGUGGAGUGCUGUUACCCCACUGAUUUUCACUCGUAUUCAUAAGGGAAUAGCGGAUAUAAUGAUUGCUUUUGGGACCAAAGCUCAUGGACAUUGCCCUCGCUAUUUUGAUGGUCCCCUAGGAGUCCUCGCCCAUGCCUUUCCACCUGGCAGUGGUUUAGGAGGUGAUGUACACUUCGAUGAGGAUGAAGAUUGGACCACAGGCUUAGCUGGAUUCAACUUGUUCCUUGUUGCUGCUCAUGAGUUUGGCCAUGCUCUGGGUCUCUCCCAUUCUAAUGAUCAGAGGGCUCUCAUGUUCCCCAAUUAUGCCUACAGCAGCCUCAGUGAAUUUCCCCUCUCUCCAGAUGAUAUAAGUGGCAUUCAGUCCAUUUAUGGAUCCCCCCCAAAUGCCCCAGAUAAAAGGCCAGCCGCUCCUAACUCACCUAAAACCUGUGGCUCCCAAAUGUCUUUCGAUGCUAUAACUUCACUAAGGCGAGAAGUCAUUUUUCUAAAGCACAGGCACUUAUGGAGGGUCUAUCCUGAUAACUCAGAAGCUGAACGAGAAUUAAUUUCUACCUUCUGGCCAACUCUGCCACCUGCUAUUGAAGCUGCGUAUGAAAACAUGAAAGAUCAGAUCCUAUUUUUCAAAGGCAAUAAAUUCUGGGUUAUCAGCGGAUAUCAGGUGUUGCUUGGUUAUCCAAAGAAUAUCAACACACUGGGCUUCCCUAAAGGAGUCAAAAAAAUUGACGCAGCCGUUUGUAAUAAACAUACAGGGAAGACAGACUUUUUCAUAGGUGACAAGUAUUGGAGGUUUGAUGAAAACAGCCAAUCCAUGGAGGAGGGUUAUCCUAGACUGACAGUCAAUGACUUUCCAGGAAUUAGCCAGAGGGUUGAUGCUGUUUUUCAAAAGAAAGGAUUAUUCUACUUCUUCCAUGAAUCAAAACAGUGGGAAUUUGACCCUUUUGCUAAAAAGGUUAUCCGAGAAAUGAAGAGUAACAGUUGGUUUAACUGUUAA